UUUUUGUUUUUGGAAAUUUUCAAAAUUUAUGCCACUACGCCAUCGUGCAGAACGGUAUGCAUCCACCUAUGCUCCGUUCUGCUAGACCAGUGUACACAGCUGAUGUGUUCCAGUUGAGCGGUGCGUUGAACUCUGCCGGUGGUGAAGAAUGCAACAGACACCGUUUGGUGUGCUAGAGUGCGAGAUCCACACAAGCGAAGCUCAGCGGGGCAGACUUCGUCGCAAUUUGUUCUCCAAACCAGCGCACUCGAAGUAAUACUUCGAACACCACGGACUCGCAGACCAUAUUUGUUGCAUCCAUUGCCAAAAGAUGGCCUCUGAAGCGCAACCAUGGCACGCCGCCUUCCCGGCCCCGAAACCAGAAUUCACGGCCGAAGUAAUGCCUCGCAACCGCGCAUUCAUGAUCCUGAGCAUGCGAAUCGCCUCAAUGGUCAUCAUUGACGUCCGCAGAACAGAUUACGAAGGAGGGUGUAUACGCGGGAGCCUCAAUAUUCCUGCUCACGGCUUCUGGUGGAAUCGUGGGAUGCUCUAUGAGCUUUGUUAUAAAGCCGGUAUUGAGUGGGUGGUGUUCUAUUGCGGCUCAUCGAAUGGUAGAGGUCCAAGAUGUGCAAGUUGGUUUUUGCAGCAUGUGAGAGAGACGGCGGAGGAUAAGGAUAUGAAUGUUAUGGUAUUAGAAGGUGGGAUUAAGGGUUGGGUAAAAGCUGGACCGCAGUUUAUACAGUUUAUGGAUGGGUAUAAGGAAGAGUAUUGGAAAGAGCUAUUCGAGGAAGAGGAGAAGAAGAAAUCUGCAGAGUCAUCAAAUAAGGCGGCAUCGGAAGGGAGUAAAGUUGCCAGCGCUGUGGGCGAGGGUGAUGUCCUCAAAUGAUGUGGACUGGAUUUUGGUACUGGUUUUCGCGGCCUCAUUCACGCAUGCAUAUGAACUAUGCGUGAGUCUUCCUUCAACAUCUCUCGUGGACCUUUGCGAGUGCCAAACCCAGCGAGAAGAUUACGAUGAAGCGGCCGAACGAGAAUUCCAACAUCAGAAACAUAACUCUUCGCCCACCACCUGACUCUGUCCAGGUAGCGAUGGUCGCCAAAUACUAUGCCUCACGACAGAGCAAGCCGACAUGGACGCUGGAAUCGGAGAGAGCGAAGACACGAGGAUGCAAGAUCAUGAUCGUGAAAUGGGGAGACUGAGGACGCGCCUGGACUCCGCCGCACUCUUCUCCUAGUAUCGACAGGUAUCCCUCUGUUAUCUCUCGAUGACACUUGCGAAAGCUGCCGGGAGUCGAUUGGAAUGGGCCUACCCUUGAAGAUCCCACGCAAGGAGCUCAACACAGCAGGCAACAUGUAGAUGCGGUUUCGAUGUUGCACAAUUUUCUCGGGAAAAAGAUGUCGCGUCUUGCAUAUGAAGUAUUGGAUAAUCGCGCCUCGUCUGUGAUUGCGAGACACCCGGUUGGACAAGUCAUGAGCAGCAGCUUCUAUGCGCCAAGGAAUAUUUGGGUGAGGUUGAUGGUGGAGGCUUACGGUUCACGAUACUGGCCUGCAAUAAUGUUAGCUGCAAAGCCAUCAAGGCCGAGUGGAUGGCAACAUGGGAUUCAAGCUGGAAGCUGAAUCAACAAGCCCAAGAGCAAGAGCAGACAACCUCGUGUUCAACAUUGCGCUUUCUUGAUUCCUCCCGCCGAUCCAUCUCAUCGAUAUUCCCAAGCUCUUCACCCUAGCCUGAUGUCGUGAGAGCAGGACAGAAGCUGCGAGCUGUACAUUUCCCACCUCAUGACCUUUCCAG